GCGGAAGUGCGUCGAUUUGCGGAUAAGAGUUGAAGUUUCUUCUCGUGUCUUUUUGAUUUUUCUCUUCAGUUCUAAGCUUCUUUUUCGCUAUAAUGUUAUAUGUUUAGCCACUUCCCGAGUGAAUUAGUCGCCUUCUCUAAGAAUGGAUAAAGACAGGCGGCACAGAAGAGGAGAGUCUCCGGUGCGGGAGCCCAAAGUUAAGAUAAAGCAGGAGAAACUGAGCCCGGCUAGGCCACAGAGAUCACGCCGCUCGAGGUCGAGAUCCAGCGGGAGCUCGAGCCCUCCGCCGCCGAGGAGGAGAGCGAGCAGAUCGCCUGCCAGGACGAGGGAUCGUUCACCAGGAAGAAGAGAGAGAUCUCCCAUCAGACGAACCAGUAGAUCUCCCAGAAGUAAGAGAAGUCGAAGUCCCCAUCGUGGAGCUGAUGUCAAAAUAAAGCGGGAGCGGGAGGACCAUCGGAGUGGUGGUGAUGAGCGGAGGAGAAGAAAUGACCAGCCGGAGGAGAGGCGGAGCAGGUGGGAGUCCGACAGACCACGGGAGAGAGAACGUGGUGGAGAGAGGCACCGUGAACGAGACGCCCAAGCCUUCCAACAACAGCAAGCUGAGAGACAACAACACGAAGAGCGACGCAGGGAAAACCGCCAGCGGCUCGAGGAGACCACAGAACAACACGCCUUUGGUGGGCCUCAGACAGAGGGUGGUAGUAGUGGUGACGAUGCACCUCCUGCACCAAAAGAGUUGCCCAACUUUGAACUGUCAGGGGCGCUGACUGAAGAUACGAACACAUUCCGCGGGGUUGUGAUCAAAUACAACGAGCCACCUGAGGCUCGCAUACCCAAGCGCAGGUGGCGGCUGUACCCCUUCAAGAAUGAUGAACCUCUCCCAGUCAUGUAUAUUCACAGACAGAGUGCCUAUUUGUUGGGGCGGCAGAGAAAAAUUGCAGACAUCCCCAUCGACCACCCAUCCUGCUCCAAGCAACAUGCUGUGUUUCAGUACAGGCUGGCGGAGUUCACACGUGCAGAUGGUACUACUGGCCGCAAGGUAAAGCCCUACAUCAUUGACCUGGGCUCAGGCAACGGCACUUACCUGAAUAACCAGCGCAUCGAGCCCCAGCGCUACUAUGAGCUCAAAGAGAAAGACGUGCUCAAGUUCGGCUUUAGCAGCCGUGAGUAUGUCCUCCUGCACGAGUUCUCGGACACGGCAGAGGUUGACGCCAAACAAGAAGAGGAUGACGAGGGACUUGACGAGUAGAGAAUGCCACCAACAACAAACAGGUGUCUCUGCUGCAGGGAACACAACGGUGAACUCAACUGGUAAUGUUGCAAGAACUCAAGUCCCAGUGAAAUUGCAUAUUGAGAGCAUAGUGCUUCUUUAAUUUGCUAUAAUGCCUGUUGAAACAGGAUAUUAGGGUUGGAUAUAAAUCAGGGAUUGGUCACUCAAGAGUGCAAACUAAUGGGUUAACAGUUAGGGAGAGAAAUACGGUCUGAUUUGAUGGGAGGGCUGGGGUUGCUCAAAAAUCUGUGAUGUUCUUGGUUGCAAUUUUUUAUUUACAUCUACUGGUAAACAGUUUUCCAGAAAGUUAUAUGAUUUUGAUAUAAAAAUACAAGAAAAUAAAAAUUUUGUACAUUUAAAUAGUUAAGUUCAAAAAGUCGCUUCUCCUUUCACUGCGACUAAAUAAAACCAAACGGUGGAACAAAGUUGCUUUGUACAUCCUGUCCUCACAAGUCUAACUGCUUAAACCUGCCACAGAUUUCUCAAAGAAGACUCGUAUUCUCAGGUCAUUUCCAUAAUGUCUGUGUGAUGGGUUGUAAUCAAAGGUAGGUUUUCACUCAUCAGACAAUGCUUACAACAAAAGUGCUCAAUGCCAGAUGACAAUAUCCUACAAAUACAAUAGUAAAUUUAGCAGCUAGUUGCAGUUGUGUGGUUCAGUCCCAGUAUGAGCUAAAUGCCAUUGUUGCACAAGCUGCAUCCACAUGCACCAACUACAGCUGAACUUGAUAUUUUUACUUGUGGCGUAAAGAGCAGUUGGACCAAAUUUUAGGCUUAUUAGUUUUCAUGUACCAGACAAGAAGAUACAGAUUUAUGCUGUUUGUGGUUCCCCCUAUAGGACAAAUUUGGAAUGAUGCAGGUGUGCUUGGUGAUCUCUGCUGAUUGGAUUUGAACCACUGAUAUUUUUUUGGAUCACAGCUUUGAGUACAAAGUAUAGCUGAAGGCCAGCCUUUUGUGUAUGUCCAGGCUGUAUAUGUAAAUGUACAGGAUAUACUGAAUGUCAACAUGUUUAUAAGCAUUGCGUAUUGUCAGUGUAUUUUGGCUUGUGUAGUUUAGAAAACAGUGUCCAGUCUGCUGUUCAUCAGACCAUGCAGUGUGUAUUUCAUGAGUCCUCCCCAAUAAAGGAUUUAUUUUUGUCUGUCUUGAGGUC